UUGGUGGUGGCACAGGUGACCGCAGACGCUCCGAGUUGUGACAACAUCUCGACGGUCCAAACGAAAACAAAUUAGCCUCUGAAGUGCCAGGUUGUACACGCCGUAGCGGUCUGUGGAAACACACAGAAACCUUAAACUCUUGGAGUUUUUCCCCCUGUUUGAACGCUACUUUUUUUCUUCUGGUAGUGCCUGGCAGGUUUGGUAUUACCAGAGCGCACGAGAGAAGUGGGCACGCACUUUUCCUGAACCUGACUACCUCGUUCUGUCUGACCUUCAGAUCGGAUUGCCAUCCGCUUUCUCCAGCAUCCUGACAUGUAGUCAGCAGCAUAAGCAGAGCGUAUUCCUCCUUGUGAACUAUUUUUCCUCUCAAACAGCUUCCUCUACCUCUCGGGCUGGACUGCGGUGCAUUGACGUCGGCUCGCCCUCCCCUGCCCCCUCGCCCCCCAGCAAUGGCCUCACGCAUCGGCCUGCGGAUGCAGCUGAUGCGAGACCAGCUGCAGCAAGAGGAGCAGCGUGAGAGGCAGCAGCAGCUACAGCAGCAGCAGCAGCAGCAGCAGCAUAAUGCAGCCCUGCAAUACAUGCAGCAACGCAUGGCUGGGCCACCUGCACCCACCCCAGCCAUUAGCACCCCACAGCAUUACCAAAGCAUGCAGGUCCCUGUGGAGGUUCUUAAGGUACAGACCCACCUUGAGAAUCCUACAGACUACCACAUCCGUCAGUCUCUGAAGCAACAGGUGAAGGAAUACCUGUCCACCACCUAUGCCACCAAACAGACGGUCCAUGCAGUAGCAGGGCUGGUGCCGCCCUCUCCUCCCACAAACAUGGGACCUACAGGAGGUUCAGCGUCUGCCCCCCCACCCCUCCACUCCCCACACAUGCGCACCGAGCAGCUUAUGUCUGGAAACAGCGCCCCCAACAGCCCCAUGGCCAUGCUCAACAUUGGCUCCAGCCACGAGAAGGAGAUGGAUGAGGUAAUUGAUGACAUCAUCAGCAUGCAGUCUAAUUACGAUGACAUUCAGGGAUACAUUGACCCUGUCCAAAUGCCAAACACACUCCCCCUUUCUAGCAGUCACCUGGAUGUGUACACAGGUCCUGGAAUGAAGGGGCCAGCCAUAGCAAUGACCAGUAACUCCUGUCCUGCCAACCUGACCAUCAAACGAGAACUGUCAGAUGCAGAAGCCCGUGCGCUGGCCAAGGAGAGACAGAAGAAAGACAACCACAAUCUGAUUGAAAGGAGGAGGAGAUUCAACAUCAAUGAUCGUAUCAAAGAACUGGGCACCAUGAUCCCCAAAACCAAUGACCUUGUGCAUAGUGACGUGCGCUGGAACAAAGGCACUAUAUUGCGGGCGUCUGUAGAGUACAUCAAACGCAUGCAGAAAGAUGUUCAGAGGACCAGAGAGGUGGAAAACAACUUCAAAAGGAUGGAGAUAGCCAACAAACAGUUGUUGCUACGCAUCCAGGAAUUAGAGAUGCAGGCUCGUCUGCAUGGCCUGCCCAGCAACUCCCCCUCUGGCCUGAACCCAAAUGACCUGAUGGCUCCUUAUAUAAAACAAGAAACCAGCCCAGAGGAGAACCUCUCUCACUCCCAGUUACAAGGCCACCACCAGCCCCAGCACUUACCCCAGAACCAGGGUCAUCCUCAGGCCCAGCAGCACCACUUCCUCCCGCAGACCCACCUCCCCCACCAGGGCCAGAAUCAGCUCCAGCCCAGGCAGCUGCCACCACUCCCCCACCACCUUCAGCCUCAGCCACCCAUCCAGUUCCCAUCUGUAGGCAGCUCCCAGCCCUUUGACUUUACCCAGUCGCUGGACUUGUGUGAUGGGAUACCCGGCUUCUCAGAUGGCAUGUCGGGGCUAGGCGACUUGGGCGGACUGGACGUCCAGGGGAGGAGAGGCGAGCUGGGCUUCCUGAUGAUGGAUGAGCCCUUGUCCCCUAUGGGUGGAGACCCGCUGCUCUCUGCGAUGUCCCCAGAAGCCUCGGUGGACUCAAGCCGCAGGUCCAGCUUCAGCAUAGAGGACGGAGACAUACUGUAGACACAUGCGUACACACACACGUUCACUCACACAAGCACAAGCACAUGCAGCGGUUUUAGAGAGGUUGCAGUAAAAAAUGUCACGGUACAUCGGCACAGCACAACACAUUUAAAGCACAUACAAACAGAAAGGAAUCAGCCACCAGACAUGACAUAAUUUCACAUCACACAAUUUGAACUUACACAGAUGACACUCAUUUAUGGUACGAUUGUCUGCCAUUAAUGGCACGAGCAAAAGACGGUACAUAGCACUUGCACAUUUGAAAAUAUUCUGUAUAGUGCAAACGUUUACACACACACAUGCACAGGCACGAGCGCACACAGACAUACACAC